UUGGAGAGCAUUUUAGAAAACUUUUGGGGACAAAAUGCCGUUCAAGAAAGGUGGAGAAGCGGCUAUUAGAAGGUCUUUAAAAUAUCUUGAGAAAGGCGAGAUUGUACUGAAAGAUAGAGUGAAGGUUGUCACCAUCAACUAUUCCAGUAUGACUGGGAAAAAGUUGCCGAAUCACGAAGGAGCAAGGAAAUUUGUGUUUUGGCAUCUUUCACAGCUUCAGUAUAAGAAUCCAGAUGUCCAAGUUCUUUCAUUGAGAAAUCUCACUCCUGCACCUUACAUAAUAUGUUAUUUAGACACUGGUGAAAAAGUUGUGAUAGAAUGUGACGGAAGAUCUAAAGAUGAAAUCCAUGACCAUUUUAAACUGGUGAUGGGAAAAUCAGAGGAAACACUGAAGGCAGAGACCCGUGCGCGUGAAAAAAAAUCCAACCCUGCCAACUUUGGGUAUCACUUCAACCGAUGGUGUAUAUGUGAAGUGCCUGGUCAGAUGCCUUGUCCGAGUUGGCAACCACUACCAGAGGAAAUCAAAGGACAAUAUAAACUCAAACGAUAUCAGGAUUUAAAGGAUUUAGAAAAGGAGUUUGAGGAAGUGAAUUCAGCUGAAAAAUCAUGAACUCAGUGGAUAAUAAAGUUAUGUUCAGGUGAUGUGGGCCUUGCUCAUUGCAGAUAUUGAGUAUGCUCAGCUGUGUGGCACAUGUGGUGGCCUUGAAGAUCAGGUGAUGGUGAAAGUGUUAUUUCAUUGUUUACGUACAAAUUGAAUGUUGAUACGAAUACAAUCUUACAAUAUGGACCAGGACCUGUCUUACCUGAACAAAACUUUAUGGACCGAUUUCCUGUUGAAUGACAGUUCACCAAUGCAAACUGCUGCCUCAUUGCUAGGAAAUUCAUGUCUGGUUUUCUACUAAAGGUUUCGAGGCCUAGUUGUAGUGUUGAUGUUUGUCCUACUCGAUGAUCCAAGAGGAAGUUGGGUAGGCCACUGGAAUAUCUGCUGAAAUGUUAUGCUCUUUCUGCUGAUAAAGUUCAGCAGAGUGUGAGUGACUAUUUGAUGACAUAAGGAUGCUAAGGAUGUCUUCAUGAACAUGGUUAGUGUGGUACUUGUUGGUUUUGUUGGGGACAGAAUAGUGUAAUCAUGUGAAUUGAUGGAAUGUGACAAGAGCUCAUAUGUUUGUUCAGUAGAAUGUGCGUGUAGUGCGUCCUCAAGGUUUUAAACUGAAAAAAAAUGAAUGAAAUAUA